AUGAUUACCUUACAGCUGAAUAUUCAAGUCAAGUGGAACUCUGCGAACAACAAAUACGUGUGUUCACUGCUCGAAGCACUCGGACAUGCGCUGCGGACAUCAUCCGCCCUUCGUUCCUCCUUUGCCGCCUUGUUCAUUCAGGACGCACAAAGAUCCGUCACUAAGGAAGAACAAGCGCAGCACAACACUACCCUCGAUAGUUUUCUGGACUCGAAAGUCUUUACCCUUGUGGAGAAUGCGGAGGUCACCGAUUAUUCUCGCUUGAUGCUGCCCGACACGCCAACCUCGCCUUACAGGAUCGAGCUUGCGCCGCACCUCUUGCCCGCUUUGACAGAGAAGCAACACCCGGACCUCAUCUUCCUGUUCCUCGUAUGCAUGGUGCACGAACUAGCACACGGAUACACCUUCUACGUUCGUACCCACGUACGCGUCAGUCUUGGAGGCUCGUCCCAUACCCUCAGCGCUUGUGCAGUUGGCGAUCGAAACCGUGACAAUGAUCCUACAAGCCCCGUUCCGGGAGGAGAGUCUGGAUAUGUCGUGGAAGAUCGGUGGAUUCAGGGCACCUUGAAGUGUUUAGUGGAUAGCAGCUGCGGGUGGAACUGGGAUUGGGAGGCUCAGUGGGAUCAGUUCAAGGGAUUCCAGGUCAUGGAUGAGACCAUGAACAUGGGCAAAAACGAGAAGGAAAAGUUUGCCCGCGCGCUAGACAGCAAGGAGGUGAACCGGUUUGUCUCAAGUCUAUUGGCGAAGAAAGAUCCCGGAGCGCUUCGCCUGGGACCAUUGCUACCACAUGACGACAAGUAUAUUCGCUGCCGGAGCCCUAACUCGACUCACUCGAACACCAACACUCCCAGAAGUCCUAACACCGUUCUCGAAGGGACCACACUGGUGGAUGCGGUCAACUGCCGGAUAACACGUCAUGAGCAGAAUGGCGGAAGGGGAGCAUGAGAGGAUGUACUCGACGAGGUGCAGGUCGGAGACUAGCGAGGGUGACGAGGGGGAGAUAUGGAGAACGGUAGGAGGGCUUGGCCCUUCCACUCCGUAGUCCACCUCUCAUCGGUAUAUCUUGGUUGCUGAACUCUGCUUAUGAUCUACGAAAUCUACAACGUACAGCCGCCCACGAAUAUCAUAGACGACCAUGUAUGCGAUGCCCAAUACACGACAUUGUUUGUUUCAUGUUACCUGAUGUAAUAACGUACAGUCUACCACGGAUAUUGUAGAUGACCAUGUAUGCCCAUUGAUGCCC